AUGGCCGAUAAAGAGGCAACGGUUUACAUCGUCGACCUCGGGUCGUCGAUGGGUGAGUGCCAUAAUGGCAGGGUUGAGUCGGAUCUGGAUUGGAGCAUGCGGUACAUCUGGGACAAGAUCUGCACAACCGUCGCAGCAUCCAGGAAGACGUGGCUCGUCGGUGUCUUGGGUCUGAGGACCGACAAUACCAGCAAUCCUCUGCAGGAAAAUGAUGGGUACGAAAACAUCUCGGUGUUACAGGAGAUCGGCCCAAUGACCAUGACGUCGCUUAAGGAACUCCAAGGCUCCAUCAAGGCCAGUGAGAGUAUGAGCGGCGACGCCAUCUCAGCAAUCAUUGUCGCAACCGAUAUGAUUGGCAAAGCUGCUCCCAAGCGACUCAAGUUCAAGCGGAGAAUCAUCCUUGUCACCGAUGCACAGGGUCCCAUUGACAGUGACGACUUUGACGAUAUCUCAAACCAGAUCAACGACCUUGGUAUUGAGCUCAUCAUCAUCGGUGUCGACUUUGACGAUCCGGAUUACGGGUUCAAGGAGGAGGACAAACCCAGCAUCAAGGCCAACAAUGAGAAGCUACUCCAGUCUCUCGUCGACAAGUGCGAGAAUGGCGUAUUUGGCACCAUCGCCCAAGCGGUCGAGGAGCUGGAGAUGCCUCGAGUAAAGCCGGUCAAGCCCUACAAGACGUAUGAUGGCCCCUUGACACUGGGCGAUCCGUCGCUAUAUGAGAGUGCCAUCUCGAUCAACGUAGAGCGGUACUUCAAAACGAAGCAGGCCAGGCCUGUCGCUGCGAGCACGGUGGUCGUCAAGAGCGAGACUGACGGCGGUCCAUCGCAAUCCACGCAGACCCUGGACGAUAUGGACGGUAUUGAGGCGACCGGAGGAAACUUUGCAGCCGUCAAAAAUGCCCGAACAUACAGGGUCAAUGACCCUGAUGCUCCUGGUGGCAAGAAGGAUGUUGAAUUUGAAUCCCUUGCCAAGGGUUACGAGUAUGGCCGCACAGCAGUCCACAUCAGCGAGUCAGAGUACAACAUCACAAAGCUGGAGACUGUCAAAGACUUUUCCAUCAUUGGCUUUAUCCCAAUGGAUAAGUACGAGCCAGUGAUCAACAUGGGUGAGGCUUGUGUCAUUAUGGCACGCAAGUUCAGCGAGAAGGACGAAUUGACCUUGUCCGCUCUGAUUCAUACGCUGUACGAGGUGGAAUCAUAUGCGGUGGCAAGAUUUGUCGCAAAGGAUACGAAGGAGCCGCAGCUGCUCCUGCUCAUGCCAUCCAUCGAACCAGACUUCGAAUGCUUGUACGAUGUACCUCUUCCGUUUGCGGAGGAUGUCAGGACAUACCAGUUCCCACCUCUGGACAAAGUCAUCACCAUAACUGGCGGAGUGCUCACGAAACACCGCCUGCUGCCCACCGACGAUCUCAGUCAGGCAAUGAGUGACUACGUUGAUGCCAUGGACAUCUCGACUUUGGGGACAGAUGAUGAAGGAAACCCUGCGGAAUAUGCUGCCAUCGAUGAUACGUACUCGCCUAUCAUUCACCGUGUGAACCAAGCCAUCCGAUUCCGAGCUGUUCAUUCAGAUGAGCCAUUUGAAGCCCCCACCGGCGGUGUUCUGAUGCGAUACGCUCAACCUUCACAAGAUCUGAUCAAGAAGGCAAAGUCGGAAAUUGAUGCACUGAUCGAGGCUGCCGAUGUGAAGAAAGUUCCUCCCAAAGCCAAAGGCAAGCGCGCGCGCGAAGCGAACAAACCCAUGUCUGGCCUGGAUGUGGAUGCUUUACUUGGCCAAAACAAGCGGACCAAGAUUUCAGCGGACAAUGCCAUUCCCGAAUUCAAACAGGCGCUCAACUCAAGUGAGGACGUCAAGCAGAUUGAGGAGGCAGCGAAGCAAAUGGGCGAAGUCAUUCGGUCGAUCAUUGCGUCCAGCACUGGGGACAGCGGUUAUGAUAGGGCUCUCGAGAAUCUAGGCGUUAUGCGCGGCGAGCUGAUUGCCCUGGAAGAGCCCGGUCUGUACAACUCGUUCCUCGAAGAUCUCAAGGAGAAGGUCAGAGACGAGAAGCUAGGUGGUGAUAGGAAGUUACUGUGGUGGAAGCUGGGCAAGUCCGGACUCGGGCUGGUCACUGAUCGCGAGUCUGAUAUCUCGACCGUCACCCAGACCGCUGCUGAAGAGUUCCAGAGGUUGUCGAAAAAGUAG